ACAAUGUGGAUCAUGUAUCAAUUGACCCUUUCGAGACGCUUGCCUAUCGUUCUUAUCGCGUUAUCUGUCGUUUAGCUUGCUAUCUUAUCACCUAUUCAAUAUGGGAUUCGUUCGAUGUUUUUCGUGUAUUAUAAGCCAUCAGUUGCGAUCGAACCCUAGCUUAGUAAUUGUUCGUUUGCGCUGGCUGCAAGUUCUAAACUUGCAAUACCGAAAAAAUAAAAUGACAUUUUCUCCUGUUAUAUCCAUAAGUUUGGUGCUAACCGUAUUGGGCGCUUUCGUUGCGGCCCAAGGUGAUACAAGUGAUGUAAAUUUCAAAUUUCAAACCGGUGCACCGUUACCGGAUGCUGCCGUAAUGCCAACGUUGGCCAACGGCAACAUUGGGUUUGUGGCGUACGGUUCGUACGUUCAUCUGAACGGUGUGUAUAAUGGUUUGGGAGGCAGAUCGCAUCGUGCCCGCAUUCCAAACUAUGGCAACAUUCAGCUGAUGACGUGUUCGUCCCAAGGGAGCCCCAGCUGUACCUACCAACUGGACAUGAAGGCGGGCAAGUUUGUGACUGUCGAUGAAAACCUAGCUUAUCGGGUGGUGCAUGAGAUGUACCCCCAUCGAUACUAUGACACGGUGCUGGUGAAUCGUAUUCGUAUUCAGCGACUUGGAUCGGAAGCAACGAUUCAAGCACGAUUGUUGCAAAUCCCGGGACAGAGUGAAGAUUUCUCCUGGGUACCGGCCACCGAGUUCACAAUGUCCGGACAGGUGUACAGGGUGCAGUGCGGAACUACAGUGCAGGUGGAGGAACCGAAUGUACAAACGUUUGGUCAUAAUGUGUGCGUAACCUAUCCGACAAUACCGGAGUAUGUGGAGAUUACACCGGACGUAAUGGCGCGGGAAUUCCUAUUCUUUACUGCUUUCACUAUGUCGGCGGAAGAUGGUCAGCGACAAAUUGGAGCAGUCGUCGGACUGACGAACGCGCAGGAGGAAAGCCUUCACAUGCGGGAAAUGGAUAAGCUUUGGGAACGUUAUGGUAUUACGGUGGAAGGCAACAGCGUACUCGAUCGAGUCAUCAAGGCCAGUGCGUUCUAUCUGUUUAGCUCUCUACCAGCACAUCAGGUAGCGACAUCGGUGGGAAGAUAUCCGUUCUAUGGACUUGCCCCCGCGGGACUGGGUCGAGGUGGAAUCGUGGAGCAGGAAUAUCAGGGUCACAGUUUCUGGGAUACAGAAAUUUGGAUGUACCCGUCGAUUCUGCUAGUGGAUCCUAUUAAUGCUGCCAAGGUUUUGAGCUAUCGCACCACCGUCAGUAGUGGCGCACGCAGCAACGCGGUAAGGAACGCAUACGAAGGCAUGCAGUUUCCUUGGGAGUCAGCAUUUACUGGAACCGAGGUAACGCCGGAUUGUUGCCCAGAGGUGGUCAACUACCAGCAUCACAUAUCGGCCGACAUUGCAUUUGCUGCACGUCAGUAUUUCUACGCCACCGGUAACUUGAACUGGCUCAGAUCGGAAGGUUGUCGUCUUGCAGCAGAUACUUCACUUUUCUGGCUUAGCCGCGUAGUAUACAACAACGUUACCGAUUUGUACGAAAUCCGUAACGCAAUGGGACCCGACGAGGAUCACCCGGACGUUUCGAACAACGCGUUUACGAAUGUGAUGGCCGCUCAUAAUCUGUUCUUUGGUGAAUUUGCAUCCUGCUACUGUAGAGACAAUGUGGUGGAUGAAAGUGUCCGUAAGGAAUUGCUCAAGGUUGGACGGGGUCUUACGCUGCUGUAUGAUGCAGAAGGUGAUUUUCAUCCACAGUUUGAAGGGUAUCAGACGGGCACCCCGAUCAAGCAGGCCGACACGGUCCUCUUGAUCUAUCCCUUGCAGUAUCCAAUGAAUGUAUCGACGAAAGCAAACAAUCUGCUAAAAUAUUCACAGGUAACGCGUGAGAAUGGUCCCGCAAUGACAUGGGCCAUCCACACGAUUGGUCACCUGGAGCUUAAUCAGCUGCAAGAAGCAGGCGCCAUGUUUGAUAAGAGCUAUCGGCAAUAUCUUCGGGCACCGUUUAAUGUGUGGAGUGAAAAUGGUAACAAUGAGCCCGGUGCAGGAAACUUUAUAACCGGUGCCGGAGGCUUCCUACAAUCCAUCAUCAACGGGUACGCGGGUGUUCGCCUUCAUCAGGAUCGGUUGGAAAUUAAAAAUUCCCGUCUAACUCCCAACACGGGUACUCUGCACAUCCCAACUAUAGAGUACAGGGAAGUGCAGUUCUCGUUGACUGUGCGAGCGAAUGCGUUUAGCAUCAAGAUUAAAAAGACGGGCCAAACCGAUCUGAAGCUUUUGGUCGAUCAGAAGGAACAGUCUAUUUGCACAAAUUGUGAAUAUAAUGGCACGGUUGCUAGUAUUCAACAGACAGCGGGCCAAACAUACGAAGGUUGCAGAUUGAGACCAACUAUCCUCGGAGUGAAGGUUGCCGAUCAAACUGAUGCUGCACCGGUGCUGCGCACUACGUGGAUGGCUUUCCUAUCUCUUAUCUUGUGUUUCCUUUUAAGCAAGAUGUUCUGAACAAAUAAUUGUAUUGGCAAAAAAUAAGGAGAGCUUAAAUUCGUAGUAUAUUUUAUGCGCUCGGCCGGAAAUGUGUAGUAUAUAAAAGGCAGAUAUUACGGGAAAUUUAUGCUUUUUUUUAAUUGUUUUUUGGUGAUGUAUUAUUAAUUUUUUGUUUGUAGUUAAAAUAUUGGGUGCAGUAUUUUAAAAUAAAAUCUCGUAAACAUGUUUCACACAUUGGAAU